AUGGAGAGAUAUAUAGCGGCACGAUAUGAGGAAGAGGUACAUGCGCCCGCAAAACGCGCAGUCCGUACUCGAACCGGUAAAACACCCGCGGAGGGUCGACGUGUGAAAUUCUUCGAUUUCAAAGGACUAAUGGCACCGGUAUUUACAUCCUUCAAAAAUAAUGAGGAGCAAUCGUUGGAAAUCGAAAAUAUCGACCGUUACGCGGAGUGGCUGAAAGACAAUCGUAUUAAUGGUAUUUUAGUAAAUAGCAUGUCGGGUGAGGGACCAGCGUUGGGUUUGUCGGAACGCAUGCGACAUGCGGAAGCUUGGUGGGAGGCUGCGCAAAAAUACGAAUUGGUUAUGUUUCUGCAAGUUGGGGGCGCACCACUGCCGGACGUGCUCGUAAUGGCCGAUCAUGCACAGGAAUUGGGCGUACACGCGGUGCUUUGUCUACCCGAGCUCUUCUACAAGCCCACCACGGUCGAACAGCUGGUCAGCUAUAUGCGUUUAGUGGCUAGACGUUGUGCCGCACUGCCCUUCUUCUACUAUCAUCUACCGCUAAGCACGGGCGUCUACCUUAAUAUGCGCGAUUUCUGCAAAAUGGCCGAAGAGUCCAUACCGAAUUUCUAUGGUAUACAUUUUGCCAGCAACGAUCUGGACGAUGGCGAGUCGUGUCUGCGUGAAGGACGUGUCAUUAUGUUGGGCAACAGUCGUUUGUUGGCCUGCGGCCUAUUGGUGGGCUUCGAGUCCGCACUGAUGACCGUCUUAAAUGUACGCCCCGACUUGGGUUGGGCGAUUUGGAAUGCGAUGUUGAAUAAUAAUUUGGAAACGGCACGUGACACACAAUUGCUUUUGAACAACAAGAUCAGCUAUUAUGUGGGACGUUCCAAAGAUCAAAGUUACAUAGAGGCGAUGAAGCAGUGGUUCGAUGAUGAGGUGAAAAUGGGUAACGGUCCGGGUUUCUAUAUAGGUGCUGCUAGGAAAUUCUUCUGAAUGUAACCAAGCUUGUGUUCGUGUUUCAGAGCUAAUUUUAAUACAAAUAUGCCAAUUUAUACUCAGCUGUAUUUUUGAGGUGUGUUCGAUUGUUGAAGAAUUAUAUAUGUAUGUAUACUUGAUCGCUUACAUAAAUCUAGUUUUAUUGUGUAUAACUUUUGACUCUCAAACUAGCAUUAGACAUAAUGUCAGGAGUCGGAGCCACGCCCACUAUUUUGUGAUCUCAACCAUUAUACCCUUUUCAAUAUGUUGCAAGACACGAAAGGGGGUCUUAAAACCCAUAUUCAAUACCUUCGGCCUACGACCCGAGUCAUUACGACAAUUUAUAACGGUGUGUUG